AGUCAACACGUACUCAGCGUAGGCUCGAGGCAAGAUCUCCAAAUCAGUUGCCAGCGUUCGUUUGCCGCGGCGCGUUCAAAGAACUUUUAUUCAUAAAAUCGCGCGUUCCACUUCCUGAUAUAAUUAACAAAAAUACUAAUUGAAAAAUGCCUGCAGCAAUCGCAUUGCUGCUGUUAAUCACGGGUCAAGCGCUGCUCUUCCAAAGUGGUGUUCAGGCCAAGAGAUACCUGGGCGUCGGGCAGCGGAUUCAGGGCGAUCAGCUGCUGUUGAAGGACGUGCAACAUUCGCGUCCUGCCAGCAUCAGUGAGCCAGCUAGUGUUAGUUUCAACUAUAACAUUAACGAGCCGAUAACCUACAUUGAAAUCGUCUCGGAGGAAAACAUUUCGGCCGAGGUGAAAUUCAGUUAUACGGACAGUCUAGUUGUGGGCGUGGUCCGUAUGUUGGCUAACAAUGAGAGUGAGAUCGAAGCGACUAAUACUGAGGAUCUGUCGUCGGCCUUUGAUGUGAUCAUCAAUAUCUUUGGCUUUAAUCAGACCAUGCUGAAUGUGAAUCCAGCGCUGCUUGUCAAUCGGGACACACAGUUCGAGGGCGUGCUGAAGCCUUAUGAUGAUGAGUACGAGGAGGUCUUCGACGAUGUCUAUGACAAUGCCAAGCGCGAGCAACUGCUAGUGGACAUGGAUGAGGACGAUGAUGAUGAUGAUGACGAUAGCAGCGAAUCACCCACCUUUCCACCGGACUUUGAGCACAAGGACAAGAUCAUUCAAAUUGGCGAACGGCAAGAGGGUGACGAUUUGUUGUAUGAAACAUUUCAGACAUCUUCGGAUGAGCCCAAGGGGCAGAUAAAUCGCACCGUACUCUUCUACUACAUUGACAGCGAUUACAUCACCUACAUCAAGUUUGUCAUCUUCGAUCACUUUACGAACAAGUUAGCCACCGCUGAUGAUUAUAUGGCACCCGUUGCCGAGUACAGUCAUUAUUCGCCAAGCACCCUGAAAGCGACCAUUACGGACUUUAAUACCAGCUCGCUGUUUGUGCAAAUGUUUGUCUAUGGGUAUCGGGGGCUCGAUGUCCCGCCACCAGACUAUAGGCCCUUCCUUGAACCAGGCAGUAGCUCGGGUGUGCCGCGCACGGCGCACUUGACACCGCUGCAGCGAAUGCAGCUACUCCUGCUGACAGGACAAUCCACACUCUCUCCGCUGGAGGAUGAGGAGGAUAGCUCAGAGGACACCGAGGAGGAUGGCGUAAUGCAUACGAUACGAGCCGAGGACAUGGUGCCGAGCAUACCAAAUGCUGGUUUGGAUCAGCAGCGUCCGGUGCAGCAACGACUGUAUGCCUCAAUGUUGGGUCUAAUGCUAUUUGCUGUUGCAUAAUUCGAUGAGCGUUCGUAUUUUGGGUAUAUUAGUUAGAAAAAGCUUUUUGAGUAGUGUUUAGGGGCAUAUAAACACAUAUAUAUAUUUAAACACAUAUAUAUAUUUAUAUAUAUAUAUGUAUCAUAUUCUGUAAUCUUUAAUCCAAAUAAACGAAUUGGUUUUGGCCAAGUUAA